UUUCCCGAAUUAUCCAGCCAGCUUACAUGAUUUCACCUGCACCGAGGACACCACUCUGCUCCAAUCUCAAUAAACCCCAUUACCCCAUACCAUUACCAUCCAAUCCUCUGUAUACACCCACUUUGAUUUCUUCAAACUAUUGGCAUUCGAUCUUGUUACGAUCAUACUAAAACCCUACCGCAAUUCCUCACAUACCAUUAAUUAAUCUCCGAUGUCUCUGCUUCAAGUUUCGAAUUACGGUGUUUUCUGCCAAUCUCCGUGUCUGAGAAACUUCUCAUCGAGUCACACUUCAAUGUGCUCUUCGUUUUGGGGGAAAGAGUUUUGUUUGAUCAAUGGAGUUGGAAUUUCGGAGAAGUUACAAAGAGUAGGUUCAGGAGGACGAGGAUUUAGGGUUUUUGCGAUGUCUGCAUCGACGAAUUCCAGAUUUAAGAUGAAUUUGAAUGAGUAUAUGGUUACGUUAGAGAAACCGCUUGGGAUUCGUUUCGCUCUGUCCUUGGACGGCAAGAUCUUAGUUCAUUCCAUGAAGAAAGGGGGGAAUGCUGAGAAAUCGAGAAUAAUUAUGGUGGGUGACACUCUGAAGAAGGCAAGCGCAUCUCCUGGUGGCAGUCUUAUUGAGAUUAAGGACUUCAGCGAUGCAGAGAAGAUGAUGUUAGAGAAAUCCGGACUUUGUAGUCUUGUUCUGGAAAGACCUUUCUCUCCUUUCCCAAUUCAACAUCUGCAUCACAAAAGCGAUCUAGAUGUCCAAUUUAACAGAGGUCGUGUUCCUAUUGCCACUUGGAACAAAUCAAUACUCACAUCAAGUUUAAGAACAUCUUUCGAGGGCAACGGGAAUUCAGGGUUUAUCAUGUUCACCCCAAGAUUUUCCACACCAAAAGGAUGGAAUCUUUUAAUCAACCAAAACGGACAACCACGUGCAAGAACACGCAAAAAUAUUCCCGAUGAACCAUUUACCCAACUAGUCACCAUUUUCUCUGAAGAAGGAUCUGGAGAUGACUGGUCACAUGGUGGCUUCCCACUUGAGGAAUAUAUCAAAGCGUUAGAUCGUUCUAAAGGAGAACUUUACUAUGAUCAUUCUCUUGGUAUGCGUUAUAGCAAGAUUACAGAUCAAAUGUAUGUGGGGUCAUGCAUACAAACAGAAUCUGAUAUAGAGACUUUAGCUAAUGUCUCCGGAGUCACUGCUGUACUAAACUUUCAAGGUGGAGUUGAAGCAGACAAUUGGGAAAUCAAUUCAAAAGCAAUCAACGAAUCAUGUCAACAGUAUAAUAUCCUCAUGAUCAACUAUCCAAUAAGGGAAGGAGACUCGUUUGAUAUGAGGAGCAAACUUCCGUUUUGUGUGGGGCUUCUUUUACGGUUGCUGAAAAAGAACCAUUGUGUUUAUGUGACUUGCACGAAUGGGUUUGACCGGUCUCCUGCUUGUGUGAUUGCAUAUCUUCAUUGGAUGACUGAUACUUCACUUCAUGCAGCUUACAAUUAUGUAUCUGGAUUGCACACGUGUCGACCUGAUAGAGCAGCAAUUGCAUGGGCAACAUGGGAUUUGAUAGCUAUGGUGGAAAAUGGGAAACAUGAGGGCCCCGCUACCCAUUCUGUCACGUUUGUGUGGAAUGGACAUGAGGGAGAGAAUGUGGAAUUAAUUGGAGAUUUCACCGGGAAUUGGAAAGAACCAGUUAAAGCAAUACAUAAAGGUGGGCCACGAUAUGAAGCUGAAGUUCGACUCGCACAAGGGAAGUAUUAUUACAAGUUUAUAGUGAAUGGGGAUUGGAGGCAUUCAACAACUUCACCUACAGAAAGGGAUGAUAGGGGGAAUGUUAAUAAUAUACUUGAGGUUGGUGACGUGGCAAGUGUGAGGCCUUCUAUUCAACAUCCAAAGAAGGAUGCGAAUAUUGUGAAAGUGAUUGAGAGGGCAUUGACAGAAAAUGAACGGUUUAUGUUAGCAAAAGCAGCUCGAUGUGUUGCAUUCUCUGUGUGUCCUAUAAGACUGGCUCCCAAAUAGUUGCAUAUCAAUCAUACCAUACAUACAAAUACAAUGGCUUUGAAACAAGAUAUCAUUUUCAUUGCCAUCUAACAAAUUUUACUUGUGGAGUCUGCUAUGAAUCUGCUCAAGUGUGACACUAAUGAAGAAUACUGUUUGAAGCUUAACAAGUUUCAAGAUGAUGGGAUCUUUGGCAUUCCGGCAUUGGGCAUCUGGUUGGUAAUUUCUUUCUUUUUGUUAUUUUGUCAAUUGAUAUAAUAAUUUGAUACAUAUACAUAGAUACAUACUUGCUACACAUGUAUACAUUGCAAUUAUCUGUAAAUAAAUUAUUCCUAUACAUUAAGAUUGUA